AUGCUAAAGCUGUUUUCAAGAACAAUGACUGUAUUAAAGGUUGCAUAUAUCCCGGAGCACUUCUCUACGCCAUUAUUCUUUGCUCAACAAGAGAAUUACUAUGCAUCUAAAAAUUUAGAAAUCGAAUUCACCCCAGUUCCAGAGGGAACUGGUCGUUUGAUUGCAUUACUCAAUUCUAAUGAAGUAGAUAUUGCCAUAGGUUUAACGGAAGGCUUUGUUGCGGAUAUUGCAAAGGGUAAUGAGACGUAUAAAGUGGCUGGAACUUAUGUUGAAUCGCCAUUGUGUUGGGCAAUCAGUACCGGAUACAACAGAGAAGAUAUUACCAAGCUGGAAGACUUGGCUGGUAAAAAAAUUGGGGUUUCGAGAAUUGGCUCAGGCUCCUAUAUCAUGAGUUUUGUCUUAGGACUCCAAUUGAAGUUCCCAUCUCCAUUCUUCAGCGACCACCCAACUUGUUCAAAUUUUAAAAAUUUACGUGAGUCUGUCAGCCACACAUACGAGGACGAAAGUAAAUUCAGUGAUGCGUUUAUGUGGGAACAUUUCACCUCUAAGAAAUACUAUGAUAACAAAGAGAUUAAGAAGAUUGGCGAGAUUUACACCCCAUGGCCUUCGUGGGUUGUUGCUGUGCGUGAAAACGUAUUGAAGAACAAUUACGAAGACAUCAAGAAUUUCACUGCUUGUGUUAAUGAGGGGGUUAAGCAUUUCCUUGAAAAUCCGGAUAAGGCCACAUCCUACAUUUCUACCAACUUGGAUUACUCCGAAGAAGACGCAAAAGCCUGGUUAAAGACCGUGAAAUUUAACGAAUCUCUCGGCCAGAGUGAAAUCGACUGGGAAUCAGUAGUCAACAACACAUCCAAGGUAUUAAAAACUGCCGGUGUUUUAACCGAUAGUGACCAACUUAUCCAAGAUAGAUUAGAAAAGGGGGUAAUCAAAAAUUUAUAA